CUGCGUUGAGGACGCUUGCGCUGCGUUGUUCAUUCAACAUGGCAGCGGGACCAAUUUCAGAAAGAAACCAAGACGCCACUGUGUACGUUGGCGGCUUGGAUGAGAAAGUGUCAGAGCCGUUAUUAUGGGAGCUUUUCCUGCAGGCUGGUCCUGUGGUCAACACACACAUGCCCAAAGACAGAGUGACUGGCCAACAUCAAGGUUAUGGCUUUGUGGAGUUCCUUAGUGAAGAAGAUGCUGACUAUGCCAUAAAAAUCAUGAAUAUGAUAAAGCUCUAUGGUAAACCCAUUCGAGUUAAUAAAGCCUCUGCUCACAACAAAAACCUGGAUGUGGGCGCGAACAUCUUCAUUGGUAAUCUGGACCCGGAGAUCGAUGAGAAACUGCUCUACGACACAUUCAGUGCCUUUGGCGUGAUUCUCCAGACGCCAAAGAUCAUGCGAGAUCCAGACACUGGCAACUCCAAGGGCUACGCUUUCAUCAACUUUGCAAGCUUUGACGCAUCAGAUGCUGCCAUCGAAGCCAUGAACGGCCAGUACCUCUGUAACAGGCCCAUCACAGUGUCCUACGCCUUCAAGAAGGACUCCAAAGGAGAACGACACGGCUCGGCAGCAGAGCGACUCCUGGCUGCACAGAACCCUCUCUCCCAGGCAGACAGGCCACAUCAGCUCUUUGCAGACGCUCCGCCACCACCGAGUGCACCGACGCCAGUUCUCACUGCAAUGGGAGCUGCAAUGCCUAUGCCAGGUAUGCCACCUCCUGGUUUCCCUCCUGUUCCUCCUCCUGGGUCGAUGCCUCCGUCGAUGCCCCCUUCGAUGGCUAUGCCUCCAAAUGCAGGAGCACCGGGCCCGCAGGGUGGCAGCGGUGGGCCUCCACCCGGACCUCCGCCCUUCCCUCCUGGCAACAUGCAUCCAGGUAUGCCUCAGAUGCCCAUGCCACCUCCUGGUCCUCCUGGCAUGGUGCCUCCACCUCCUGCUCCCCCAGGAUCAAAUCAGUCUCGGGCGCCGCUGCCCCCUGGCAUGCCCCCACCCCCGCCUAUGGGCAUGCCACCCAGAGCACCGUAUGGACCUCCCAUGGGUCACCCUGUGCCUCCAGGUAUGAGAGGGCCACCUCCCAUGCCUCCACCUGGCUACGGUGCUGGCAUUCCUCCUCGUCCUCCUCCUUUUGGCUUCCAGAGAGGACCUCCAAUGCCUCCCAGACCACCCGGUGUCCCACCCCGCGUCCCCAUGAGAGCACCAAUGCCGCAGUGAUCCACGUCAGGCUGCAGAACAAGGCUCUCGUUUGGCUGUUUUCUUUUUUUUUUAAAUCAUCUUAAGAUCUACUAAGUUUGUUAUUGUGAGAAUAAUUUAACCCCGUCUUUGUAUUUUUUUUCUUCUGGUCAUUGUACAGAUGAAGACCUUUGACAAAUAAAAUUUUUAGUAAAAAGU